AUGCCGCGUCCUCUUAUUCAUAAGACACUUGAGGAAAAACUGCAAGCAGGUCGUGAAAAACGCAGACGCCAUUAUGCAAAAAACCGCGACAAAAUCCUAAGACGGCGAAGGGAGCUUCGCGUUGAAAAGCACAUGGGCCCAUCGGAGCUUGAGCAAGCCAUUGCAAGAGCUCUGCAUGGAUCUGGCUCGGACAAAGAUGGUGACUCGGAUGAGUCGGAGACAGACAAUUCCAGCGACAUUGAGGAGAAUGACGACCCACUAUCGGAUCUUACAGGAUGUCUGCUCACGCUCAAAGUGAUCAAAGACGAAAUGUUGACAUUGAUUCCUGAACCCUGUGCAUUUGCUGAGGGCGUCUUGCUUCAAUUUGUCAACAGCAUCACUUAUACCGACGACCGUGCUGAUGAUGGUGAUCGAACCAUCGUCACCAACAUGAUACCCAUGGUCCAAGGCUUGCUCAACCGCUCCAUUCCUGUUCAAGAUCAAAUCCUCAAUUUUUGCGGUGUCUCACCUGAGUUUCAUGCUGCUGACACAGUCAGUCGUUACCUCAGUACCACGCUUGCAUACUUGGAAGAUAUCGAGUUUUUCUUCCUCGUGGAGGGAGUUUCGGAGCUUACAACAGAUAGUCGGUUCAAGAAUACUACGUUAAUUGUAGCGCUGCUGAUGCGCCAGUUCCUGACUCUGCCGCUGCUGCUUGUUCCCACCUGA